UUUCCUCCGUCCCGCCUCUCUUGGGUUCUGGCCCGCCUCCAUCUUCUAGCUGCUCUCAGCCACUGCGUCUGCGCGUCAGGAGCGCGAGAGAGAAUGGAGCCAGGCGCUAUUGGUGUGUUGAUGCUGGGGAUGCCAUUUGCCGGGGUAGGUGUCUCGGCGACGCGCGUGGGAUGGCAGCGGCGCGCGGGAGAUAGAAAGCGCGAGGGCGCGUGCGUGAGUGAGAGGUAACGGCCGCCAGGUGUCUUCAUUGUCUAGCUUCCAUUAUACCAACACUGAGAAUACCAUAACAUGAAUGAUCUUGGCCUUGAUGUCCAGUGACACAUCCUUACUUUUAUUCUUCAGGAUCUUUCUAAUUCUUUCGCAGCUGACCUUCAGAGUUUCAGACAACUUCUGAUUUCUUGGCAGUUUCCAUUUGGAUUGAUGACUGAACCAAGCAAACUUAGAAGAUGAUGAUUCUACUGAAGAUUGAAUGUUUAGCUUAAUUGGCUUGGCACAGAAUAUUCUGGCUUUUCAUGGAGACUGUCAAUAAGCACAGGAGACAAACAGCCAAUGGCUUCUGACUCUAUCGUCCUGGAGCAUGCAAAGCACCAUGUAAAAGGAAAAAGGCAACAGCAACAUGAAAGGUCACCUUUGAACAAUGAUGGGGAAGAAGAAACAUUUGUAUUUGAAGCAAAUGAAGCCUGGAAGGAUUUCCACAGCUCUCUUCUUCAUUUCUAUGAAGCUGGGGAGCUCUGUGAUGUUACACUAAAGGUGGGUUCUAAGUUGAUUUCCUGCCACAAGCUUGUGCUAGCUUGUGUUAUUCCUUACUUCCGAGCCAUGUUUCUUUCCGAAAUGGCAGAAGCAAAGCAGACAUUGAUCGAGAUUAAAGACUUUGAUGGUGAUGCUAUAGAAGAUUUAGUCAAAUUUGUCUAUUCAUCUCGACUGACGUUGACAGUAGACAAUGUCCAGCCUCUAUUAUAUGCUGCCUGCAUUCUCCAGGUGGAGAUAGUAGCCAAAGCCUGCUGUGAGUACAUGAAACUGCACUUCCAUCCUUCGAAUUGCCUGGCAGUGAGGGCCUUUGCAGAGAGUCACAACCGGAUUGACUUGAUGGACAUGGCCGAUCGCUAUGCCUGUGAACAUUUUGCUGAAGUGGUGGAAUGUGAAGACUUCGUGAGUGUGUCGCCUCAGCACCUUCAUAAACUGUUAUCUUCAAAUGACUUGAAUAUUGAGAGUGAAAAGCAGGUUUAUGGUGCUGCUAUUAAAUGGCUUCUUGCCAACCCACAGCAUCAUGCUAUGUGGUUAGAUGGAAUACUUUCUCAGGUUCGCCUGCCUCUGUUGCCUGUUUGCUUUCUUAUGGGGGUAGUGGCAAAAGAAGAGAUUGUCAAACAGAAUCUGAAAUGUAGGGAUUUGUUGGAUGAAGCAAGGAAUUAUCAUCUCCAUUUAAGCAGUCACACGGUACCUGAUUUUGAAUAUUCUGUUCGGACAACACCAAGAAAACACACAGCUGGUGUCCUUUUUUGUGUUGGUGGCCGUGGUGGAUCUGGUGACCCCUUUCGCAGCAUUGAAUGCUAUUCGAUACAUAACAACAGCUGGUUUUUUGGCCCAGAGAUGAAUAGUAGGCGGAGGCAUGUGGGUGUAAUCUCUGUGGGAGGGAAAGUUUAUGCAGUGGGUGGACAUGAUGGAAAUGAACAUCUUGGCAGCAUGGAAAUGUUCGAUCCUCUAACAAAUAAAUGGAUGAUGAAAGCAUCAAUGAAUACUAAGAGGAGAGGAAUUGCCCUUGCUUCUCUUGGGGGUCCCAUUUAUGCUAUAGGAGGCUUAGAUGAUAAUACGUGCUUCAGUGAAGUGGAGAGAUAUGACAUUGAAUCUGAUCACUGGAGUGGAGUAGCACCUAUGAAUACGCCCAGGGGAGGAGUUGGCUCUGUGGCUCUGAUGAACUACGUAUAUGCUGUUGGUGGGAAUGAUGGUGUAGCAUCUCUCUCUAGUGUGGAGAAAUAUGACCCACACCUGGAUAAAUGGAUAGAAGUGAAAGAAAUGGGUCAGCGGAGAGCUGGCAAUGGGGUCAGUGAGCUGCAUGGCUGCUUAUAUGUGGUUGGUGGCUUUGAUGAUAAUUCACCACUUAGCUCUGUUGAACGAUUUGAUCCUCGCAGUAACAAGUGGGAAUAUGUAGCUGAGCUUACAACUCCUCGGGGCGGAGUUGGCAUAGCAACUUUAAUGGGCAGAAUUUUUGCUGUUGGAGGUCACAAUGGAAAUGCUUACUUGAAUACAGUGGAAACCUUUGAUCCUGUGAGGAACAGAUGGGAACUUGUGGGUUCAGUAUCUCACUGCAGAGCAGGAGCUGGCGUAGCUGUCUGUGCUUGUCUUGGCAGCCAAAUCCGUGACGUGGGUCAAGGUUCCAGCAAUGUGGUGGAUUGCAUGUGAUUUGGGGUUGAAGUUUGUUAAUUGUUCUGAAGUACUACAAGACCUCACAACCAUCUUGUGAAGACAUAACGGACUUCCAAAUAUGUAUAACUAUCCCAAAAUAUUUUACAUGGAGAUUUGAAUGGUGUGGCAAUUUUUCAAGGCAUAUCUCAAGCAAUUGGAAUAAGUCUUCAGUGGUUGUUUAAAACGUAGCUUCCAGUGUGCUUAUACUUGAAGGCUUCUGAUCUCAAGCUUUUUGUUACUUCCCCAAGGGUAUUAGAGAUACAUCUGUAUUUUUCAAGAAAACUGUUCUUUUAAAACGCUUUUACUACUUUUCAAACAGUCCUCUAAAAACAAUCUAAGGGUUGUAUGUAUUUUCCGUCUGAAGAAGGGUUUCUUUUAUGAGUGUGUUCUUUUGAUGUACUAUGCAAACCCAAACUAACCAUAUGGAUCCCAGCCUCCUGCAAACAGAAAUAUGAUGGUGCAAAAAGAAAAGAAAAGAAAAAAAACAUUAACAGCAGAAAAAAAAGUUCAGUUCUAAAAGAGGAGUUUAUUGCUUCUGGUGGAAUUAAUCUAGAAUUUUUGGUGAUGGGUGUGCCAUCUCAAUUUCAUCCUAAUUAAGCAUGCAUAAGUACAAAUAAAUGUGGCAAAUUGUGAAUUCACCCUUUCAUUUCAGCCAUCCCCAGUUCUCUUUGUUUUUAAGAUCACUUGCUUCUGCUGCAGAUGCUCAAAUUGCAGACUUUGCAUCUGUGUCCAGAAUUGCUGCACUCUCAGACUUCUCAUUUUGUUUUUCCCCAUGUUUAUUUGUAUCGUCCACAGCCAAAAUAAACAUAUGUCUUUGUAACAUGGUGAUAAUCAAGUGUGGGACAAUCAUUCAGGAAAUCACUUGCAAGGUGGCCAGUCUGAUCUGCGUAACUCUGAAAUGAAUUCUCUGGUUAGUCUAUAUUGUUUGCAUUCCUAGCAACGUAAGCAGCAGGUCUUUUGAGUUGUGUACGUGUGUGUGUUUGUCUCCACGGCCCAUACAUGAAACACACACGCACCCUUUACUUUCGUGCUGAAUUCCAAGUUUUGAAAAAUAUGGCUAAGCCACAGCAAGCUGUAUCAAAUCUCUUUCUGUUAGGAAAAAAAUCACUGGAAGCUUCUCCCAACAGUGUUGCCACCAGCCAUCUGCAGCACUACUAUACUGGCAGGAUGGGGAAAUCUUUGUGAAAGCGGGCACUGUUUUUGUGUGUGAAUAUUGGUAGAGGUCUGGGCAAAAUGUUUAUAAUCGGAAUAUUUCCAAGACAAGGAGCUGUGGAUAAGGAAGUGGACCCACCUCGCCCUAACCCUAUUCUUCUGUAUAUGGCCCUUCCCGUAUUGCUGAGAGUACUAAUAUUUUGGAAUGCCACUACAGCGAAGCUGAUCACUUGGAUGCUUCAUGUGCAAUCAUGGCUAUUGUUACUUAGAGGAAACAGAUAGCAUAUCAUGUUAAAAUGCUUGAUUAGCUCUCAGGAGGAAAGAUCCAAUUAGAUUUGUCGCAAAGUUAGUUGAAACGUUUUUAAAUCUGCUAAUAUUUUGUGUUUAAAGAUAAUUGAUAUAUAAUACAGCAGAUCAUCCUUUUUCUAUCCACCCUCUUGUUUUAGAUUAGAAUUGUUUUGGACUUCUCUUCGGUCUGGUUACUUAGUGCUCAGUUCCUGCAGCCCUGUGUGUAAGACUACGUACAGCUGUAUUCCAAAAAUAGGCUUCAUAAACCCAUGCCAGGACAGGUUAUGCUUGAAAUAGCAAAAGCUCACAAGUCAAGAAAUAGAACAUGCCAGUCUUUAUUAUUCAAGGAAUCAUGCAAUUUCAGUGGCACUCAGUGAGUUGGGUGUUGCCACAACACAAUAGAGAAAAAUAUGGUUCAUUCAUAUCUCAGCUUGGUGAUAAUUACUUGAGAGGAAAUGUACAUGACCAAAAUGCAAUGCUCAAACCAUUUUGGAUGGGUAAAGCUGGCUUAGAGCACAAUUUGGGCAUGAAAAUACUGUGUUUCUUGGAGAAACAAUUAUUUAAUGAUUCUCUGUCAUUCUGUCACAAAGCACACACAUUGCUGCUUUACACUGUUGCUUCUAAAAUCUGUUUUUGUACGAGUGUGGUACCAAGUGAAAAAAGUGCAGAAUGUGGCAUAAUGUGUUUUAUGGAAAAUGGAAACCUUGUAAUAAAAGGCAUUUAUUGUUUA